AUGGGCAAGGAGGAGUCCCCUGUCACUAUCAUUGUCAUCUGCCACGUGGACUCUGGCCAGUCCACCACCACUGGGCAUCUCAUUUUCAAGUUUAAAGUGAAGAACAUGUCUGUAAAGGACAUCCAGCAGGGGAACCUGACUGGAGACAGCAUGAACAACCCCCCACCCCCACUCCCAUGGAGGCUGGCAACUGUGUGGCCCAGGCUGGGCAGGGAAGCGGGCGGGAGCGCCCCGCUCAGCACUGCGCGUCCUGCGGCGAUCCGGGGCGGCGCCGGGGGGUCCGCGAUUCCAGAGAAUGGCUCUUUCGCUAACUGCUGCGACGCCGGCGGGCCGGACGUGCGCCCGGGCUGGUCCGGGGCGGGCAGCACGCGGCCCUCGGGGACCCCCAGGCCUCCGUGGGUGGCACCCACACUAUCCGCCGUGCUCAUCGUCACCACCGCCGUGGACCUCGCGGGCAACCUCAUGGUCAUCUUCUCGGUGCUCAGGAACCCCAAGCUCCGCAGCGCAGGUAAUUUGUUCUUGGUGAGUCUGGCUCUGGCUGACCUGGUGGUGGCCUUGUACCCCUACCCGCUAAUCCUCGUGGCCAUCUUCUAUGAUGGCUGGGCCCUAGGGAAGGUGCACUGCAAGGCCAGCGCCUUUGUGAUAGGCCUGAGCGUCAUCGGUUUGCUCUUCAACAUCACUGCCAUCGCCAUUAACUGCUACUGCUACAUCUGCCACAGCGUGGCCUACUACCGGCUCUGCCGACACUGGCCAACUCCUCUCUGCAUCUGCCUCAUCUGGCUCCUCACCGUGGUGGCCUUGCUGCCUAACUUCUUUGUGGGGUCCCUGAAGUAUGACCCGCACAUCUACUCCUGCACCUUCAUCCAGACGGCCAGCGCCGGGUACACGGUGGCCGUGGUGGUCACCCACUUCCUGCUCCCCAUGGCCAUCGUGUCCUUCUGUUACCUGCGCAUCUGAGUGCUGGUGCUCCAGGCCCUCAGGAAGGUCCCAAUGGAGAGCAAGCUGCGCCUGCGGCCCAGUGAUGUCCGGAGCUUUCUAACCAUGUUUGUGGUGUUUGCGAUCUUUGCCAUCUGCUGGGCUCCACUUAACUGCAUUGGCCUUGCUGUGGCCAUCAACCCAGAAGAAAUGGCUCCCCAGGUCCCAGAGGGGCUCUUUGUCACUAGCUACUUCCUGGUUUAUUUCAACAGCUGCCUUAAUGCCAUCGUCUGUGGGCUCCUGAACCAGAACUUCCACAGUGAGUACGAGAGGAUCCUCUUGGCCCUCUGGAACCCAUGGCACUGCUUUCAGGAUGCUCCCAAGGGCAGCCACACUGAGGAACUGCAGAGCCAAGCCCCACCUGCUGUUAAUGUCCAGCACCCUGUACAGACUGACACUCUCUAG